AGUUUCCAUUGAAACAUCUUUGAGAUAUUCGUUGGAGAUUAUUCCAACUACACAUUUUCCAAACCAAUCGUUGUGUUGCUUACCAAUACCAUGUUAUCCUAUUUUUACCCUUUGCAACUUACAAGGUGGAACUGCGCUGGGCAACUGUGGAAAAAGCAGUUAUUGGGAAAACGCUAUUCUUCAGGAGCUGUGAACAUCAAAACAGUAGAACAUUCACCCUUUUGGUCACGUUCUUUGAAACAGUUAUUAGGUUCCCACCAGUUUUCAGAUAAGAAUGUAAUUGCAGGCGAAAGUACUGUAAGGGACGCUCUUGAACAAAUGGAAAAAGUAGAUAUGUCCAUAGUUGCUGUUACUGGGACUCAGAACGAUUGGCUAGGAAUCUUCUCUGAACGAGAUCUCAUACGUCUCAUUGCGAGAGGAGGAAAUAUCAACAACAUGUAUGUAAGAGAUGCACUAUCCAAAAAGGAAGGUGUAGCCACUUGCUUUUUGAAUCAAAGAGUUUCUGAUCUGGGCAAAAUAUUUACAACACAAAACGUACAGAAUAUUGUUGUCAUGAAAGAGUCGAGUUUAAAAAAUACUAUCCAUGAUUUGGCUGGAUUGAUCACUUCUCGUGAGUUGGCACAGUAUUUUCAUUCCAUGGAACCUGCUGUUGUGGAGGAAUUCGAACAUGUCCUGGUAAAGGAUAUGUUGGAUCAUAAUAAGAGCAAAGUACAUGAACGAUUGAACGAACAAUCUAUUUUGGCAGUGGAAUUGUCUUCUCAAGUGAAGGAUGCUGUUCAUCUGAUGGCCAAAUACGGAGUUGGUUGUGUCAUGGUAACCAGUGAUCAUAGCAAAGGUGCUUUGCAUCCGUAUCCAGAUGUUAUUGGCAUGUUCACUGAAAGGGAAUAUAUACGUAACUGUUUGUUAAAGGGUAAAGACAAAGACAAUUGUAGAGUGGGAGAUGUGAUGCAAAGUAAUAUGGCUUUGGUAACUCCAGAGUUUAGUGCUGCACAAUUCAUAAGACUUUUUGCAGAUUCCCAUGUGCGCUAUUUACCUGUGUUUUCGACUAGUCCAGAAGAUGCUCAAGAUAGUACAAGUAUGUGUUUGGGUUUGUUUAGUAUCAAAGAUAUUUUUUUCCUAUUGUUUUCAAGUGGCUGAUAGAGGGUCCUAAAGUUGCUAUAAAAUCAAGUUGAGUUUGUAAAAGGAUUUUUCUUUACAGAAUGACGCAAGUCAAUAAAAUUCUUUCUCUCCCA